UUGUCUUGGCUAAUUCUGAAAAAAAUACUAAAGAUCUUUGUGGAUUGGGAUUUUUGAACAUGUGGAGUAUAUUUGGAGUGUGUGUGCAUUGUGAGGUCUGUGGCUGGAGUGUUUGGCAUGUGUUUAGAGUUUGGGGAGAUGGUGUACUUUGGAACGUGUGGUGUGUGAAGGGUGCAUUUGGUGUGUCUCAAGUGUUUUUUUUGUGUGGUGUAUUGUGUGCGUGGUGUAUAUUGUGUGUGUGUGUGUGUAUAUUGUGUGUGUGUGUGUGGUGUGAGAACAAAAUUGGAUGUCAGUUAUAAGGAUUCACAGUUGGUGCUCAGUUGCAUAGCUGCUAAAGGUCACUGUGUGAGCUGUGAUCCUGCACUUAAUGCUGACAAUGAGGCUGAUCACACAAAUCUGCAGCAGAACACUAACAGAGUAAAAUAAAAGUGGUCAGUAAUACUGGUCAGUACUGGUCAGAAAGAGCAGAAUGUAGCAGAGGUGCUACAGAAGAACAUCACACACAUGGAUGAGAGUGAGAUCUCAUAUGAGUGAAUGUAUGAAUGUGAUGGAAGAAAUAAAGUCUGUUUCUCCUCAGUCUCCCCCCACAGCUCCAUUCAGCAAAGCUCCAGAAUCUUCCAGCCAGGCCAUGGGUUUAGGAAGUCCUGAGUUACUGAAGGAGUUGAAGCAACCACACACUCUGAAACCUGUUCACACACACACUGGUCUCACCACGGUGUUCUGUGGCCGUGGAAGAAUUAAUGUUGCACCAGGUAGGCAAUCACAGACUCCACCUUCAUCUGCCUCCACCAAUCAGCACACAGCAAAGGAGCAGUGUCUGUCCAGUGAAACACAGAAUUAAAAGGCUUUAAUUUUUCUGCCCUUCCCCUGUCUGAAAUUUGUAAUGUGGGCAUGUCUUAUUGAGUAUAUUAAGUAAUGUCACUGAGCUCUACCUUCUGCAGACCUCUAUAAUAAUAAUAAUAAUAAUAAUAAUAAUAAUAAUGCAUCUGUAAAUGGAAUCCAUUUACUCUGUGGUUUUGUGUGUGUGUGUGUGUGUGUGUGUGUGUGUGUGUGUGUGUGCGCACUUAGCAGGUUGAUGUGCAUAAAUGAAUGUGUGUUCUGAAAUUAUUCAAAUAAAAUCUCAAACUACAUACAGUAUAAUGGAAUCCAUUUACUCUGUGUGUGUAUGUGUGUGUGUGUGUGUGUGUGUGUGUGAGAGAGAGUUUGUUACAUUGCACUGUGGUACAAAGGGCAUUGAUUAGCAUGAUAGUCUUCACACAGGAGAGUGUGUAAAGGAAGAGAAACAGACAGAGACCAACACAGUGUAAGAGAGAGAGAGAGAGAGAGAGUGUGUGUGUGUGUGUGUGUGUGUGUGUGAGUGUGUGUGUGAGUGUGUGUGUGGAUGUGAGAGAGAGAGAGAGAGAGAGAGGGAGAGAGAAAGAGAGAGAAUGAAAUCACUUUUGUAUCAAUACUUCCUGGUGGCAGCCAUGAUGACUUUGCUUCUAUUCCUCACCUCAUUUUGGUUACCUCAGAGAACAGUGCAGGAUUGUGCAUUACUGUGGCUUCCAUGUCUUAGUGAUUCAAACAACAAGGUACCUCAAGUAGUGGUUGUAAGAAGUGAUGUUAAGGCCCACUCCACUAACAUCGUUAUUAGGAGUGAUGUCAUUAACCCUAAACCUGACAUCAUACCUGACUGUCCUGAGCAGCAUUUCCAGGUGCCCCACCUUCUGCUGUAUUUAGACUCUGCUCUUGGCCCCGACUCUGAUGUGUUGUUGGAACCUUACCUGCUCUGCUGGGAGGAGCUAAUUAAAUUUAUGGAGGCUCUUGGUCCUCUGGUUGGUUUUUUUACCUACAAAGUUCAGGAGAAAAUCAAUCUAAUUCGCCACCUGACUGAGGAGGAAUCUGCAAAACACAGAUUACUGACUCUGCCCAACACAAACUCUCUACUUUUAACCCUUGAACCCCACAGCCACACCUACCACUCUGUGCGCUCCAUGUUGGAUAGAGAGCUUCAGUUGGGUGUGGUCAGCUUUGAUAGACAGACGCCAUCGGGCAGUCGUACUUUGCUCCGCCUCCAUCGAUCGUUAAUGUGGCUGCAGCUGCUGCUGGUGAAGCUGUGGCUGGAGCCUGGACAUAUGAGGAGAAGCCUGGGUGAGGUGUGUGAAGAAGCAUACAAUGAAGCUUUAGCACCAUAUCACCCAUGGCUGCUACAGAGAGUGGCACGACUCGCCUUUAAGGCCAUGCCUGAACACACUGUACUGCUUGGCAUGGUGUGCGUGAAUACACACGAGGAGGCAGAACCCAUCAUUCGCACCAUUGUGACGGCGAUCAAUGAGGUGCACCACAGAACGCAGACUGAGCUGGAAAGAAGAAACAUGCUGGACUUACCUUAAAGGAACAUGUGUCCAAAGAAGAAAGGUAUGCAGCAAUGUGACAUGUGAAUAAGCUAAACUGAUUAAAUUAUUCUCUAAUUUUCAACUGUUGAAAAAAAAAGUUUUCUGAGUGAACCUUAUCGAACAAAGUUUUUAUUUAAUAGCAUGGCCUACAGUGUUGUGUGUCCUUUUCAUCAAAGGACCUAGGAACCAAAGAACAUUGGAAAAAAAUUGGAAACCAAGGCUAACUAAGAACAGUUCAGUCCUAAUCUCUGAAAUAUUAACAUGAUAAUACCUAGUGAUUGUACAUCACAAAGCAGACAUGACAGGUCCAGGGUGUAUGUAGCAGCAGGUAUUAUGCUAUGAUCUGUUUGAAAUAUCUAAAGUGUUGGUGCUGCUGCUUCCUGCUUUCCUCUGUACCACAUGAUCUUAAGUCCAAAAUGUUCCCACAGGCUUGUUUUAUACGCUGGAGCCUGGAGUACCAGAUCUUAUCUUUGGGGUGUGGGAGGAAAUCUGCACUAAUGUUUACAUCCAAUGGUGUGAAUGUGUAGAACAAUAUGAAGAAGUUUGGACAAAAUCAGAUUUUUCACAGAAAAAUUGUUUUUUGGGUGAAUUUUUAUUAUUUUUAUUCAUGAUCCAAAGCUGAGACACAAAGCCUCCAUUUCCAGUUAUUUCAUUCAGAAUUUAGCAUUAUGUUGGGAAACACUUGUAAGUGUAUCAUCACCCAUCGUCCUCAUCUACAAUUGCAGUGUGAAAUUUAGGGAAACAUCUAAGAAACAUGGCCUGUAUGAAAUCUGUGAGGUCUGUGGGGCUGAAUGUUAAUGGGUUUGUGUUUGGGUGUGAAUUUCUCUGCCUUGUGUUUAGUCUUGAAUACUAUCUGAGCUCAUGACAGUAACGAGCCCUCGAGCAGUAAUGAGCAGUAGAAAACUUUCUGUAAAAAGUCAUUUUUAAACACAAAUUUAUUUAAUACAUUUCAUAUUUCAUUAUAACAACAAUUUAUACAAUGUCUCAGUUCAGAUAAAUAAAUAAAUAAAUAAAUAAAUUGCUGAUGACAGAUAAUAAAAUAGCAUACAGUACACAGGAUAUAAAGAUCAAAUGGAGAAAAAAGUAGACAAGAAAUUGAAUUUGUGACACAAAAACAGAUGCCUGCUAAUAUUGCUAUGCUAACAGUGUUGAAUAAGUCCAAUAAGGGCAAAUGCUAAAUACUGUAAAUGUAGUAUCACUAAAUAAAACUUAUGCUAAUAAAUGCUACAUGCUAA